AUGAGUGAUGUGGCAGAUUGCUGUGAUAAUGGUGAUGGAAAUCUUGAUUGGAAUGAGAGGCGCUGGAAGGUGGCGGGCUGCUGCGUCGCCGUCGUGCUGCUGCUCUCUGCGGGCGCAGCCGCUCAGCAGCAGAUCAGUCGGAGGUCAGACGCCGUCAGCCUACCUCUCGGGGACGUCGCUGACUCCACGGAACCGCCGGAGUUCAUCAUCCUUCCGGAAUCACUGGAAACGGCUGACGACGACGCUGCAGUUCUCUUGGUCGACGUCGACGAUGAGGCAGCGGACGGCGACGCAAAUGAAAUCUCGGACGACCCAGUCUUCAUUCCGCUCGGGCCGACGUCGUCCCGAGUCGUGUUCGACCCGAUCACCCUCGGAGAAUCCGACGAGACCAACGGCGUCGAGGUCGUUCCCGACAGCCUGGACGGCGCCACGGUCCUCGAGGGGCCCGACCAGCCCAUCUUGGUGGUCGUGGACGGCUUCUCGGUCACUGGCGAAGGAAGUGCGUCCCCCGACGGAGUGGUUGAAGGAUUCCCGGAGCCUAUUGGUGCUGAUGGCGAAGUCCUGGGCGGCUCCGCGGAUUCGGGUGUUCCCCUUGACGCUGCAGGACAGCUGGACACCAACGAGAUCCCACUGGGACCAGGAAUUCCUCUUGAAUCUCUGGCGCCGACGGGUUAUCAGAGUCCAGGAGAAGUUGUGGUUCCUGUGGAAGCUGCAGGACCUCAGGAGGAUACAGCUUUAGUGGAAGAAGUCGGGGUGCCUCUUGCAGAUGUUCAACCUGCAGUUCUUCCGGAAGAUACUAUGGUUAUGGGAGACACAGAAGUUCCUCUUGCAGCUGUGGUUCCUGAGGAGGACACCAUGCCUAUGGGAGAGCCAGAAGUCCCUCUUGAAGCUGUAGUUCCUGAGGAGGACACCAUGCCCAUGGGAGAACCAGGAGUUCCUCUUGAAGCUGCAGUUCCUGAGGAGGCCACCAUGCCCAUGGGAGAACCAGGUGUUCCUCUUGAAGCUGUUGUUCCUCAGGAAGAUGUCAUGCCUCAAGAUGUAAUGCCUAUGGGAGAUUCCGGAGUACCUCUUGCUGCUGCAAUGCCUGUAGAAGAUGUACCUCCUGCAGAUGUAGAGCCUCUGGAUACUAUGAUGUUCAUGGAAGAUCCUGGAGUACCUCUUGUCGAUGCAGGACCUGAGAACGAAGCCAUGGUGUCCUUCGAGCCAACCGGCCCUGGAGACCUUCCGGCGUCAGUUGAUGAGAACGCGAUACCAGAGUCCCCGCCCGCUGCCUCAGACCCAGCAAUCCCCAGCGAACAGUCCAGCGCACCUUUCGAAGUGGUCCCCGAAGAGCCCGUUUUCCCAGAUCCCCCACCAUUCCCAGUGGACGAAGAGCCUGUGGUCGAAGACAUGGCUGACUUCAUGCCUUUUGAACCAGUUCGAGAUGAAGUACCUUUAAUGCCCACAGGAGACUCCAUGCCCGGUCUUAUGUCUGACGGUAUGGGAAUGGAAACCCUGGAACCCACAGAGACUCCUGUUGUCGAAGCGGACGACCCCGCCAUCAUCUUGGACUCCAGCGGCUUCGGCGACGUCCUGCCUCCGAGCGGAGGACCAGUCGACGCUCCUCAGGAAGAAGUCUUCGAAGAUACCUUUAUCCCGUUCAUGCCCGAGGAAAUGUUCUCGAAGCUCCCUCAGAUGGACGGAAUGAUGCCUGACGUAGAACCCAUGAGCGACGCGGAGGUCUUCGUCCCCGAACCCCCCGUGGAAGAACUGGAAGCCAUGUUACCUGUGGGACCUGCGCUGAUCGAGGUGCAGGAAGAUGCCUCACUGCCGCCCAUUGCCGUCCAGGACAUGUCUCAGCUUCCGGAGAUUAUCGCCGACGACGUGCAGGAGGGUCAGGUGUUCCAGGAGACCCCACCCACCGUCGAGCCAGCCAUCCCGGUGGGGGACCUGGAGAUGUUCUUCGUCGCCGAGGACCCCGAGGCCGGCGACACCCCGACCGCCGUCCAGGGCCAAGAGGUCGUCCUCGAAGUGGCCCAGCAGCUUCCCGAGGACCAGUUCGACAUCGCGCCCCUGGACGGUAUCGCUCCUUUUAUGGCUGACGGAGUCGAUGUAGGAACACUUCAGGAGGAGUUCGAGUCGGCUGUGUUGCUCUUCCCUGACGAAGGAGAAGAGGAAGAAGAGGAAGGAGGAGAGGAAGGAGGAGAGGAAGGAGAGGGAGUGGUUAUUGAUACUUUUAUGAAUGGAGAUUUUGGAAUAAAAAUCAAAAACUACCAGAGUCAAGCGCUCCGGUCUCCAUGCCAGACCCUGCCCAGUGCCAGACCCGUGCCAGACCCUGCCCUGCCUCCUGCACCCGCCCCAGUGCCAGACCCUGUGCCAGACCCCGCCCCUGUCCCCAUGCCAGACCCCGCCCCGCCCUGUCCCAGACCCUGUGCCUGA